CUAUGGGACUCAGGGUCGACGUCACCACGCAACAUCUCUCAAUAAGUUACAGCAUUACUAUUUGAGCAUAUUAACGAAAGGCAAUCUAGUGAAGCGACCAAAUCAUGUCACUAACAUGAGCUUCAUCCAGCGCGUUGACAGCGCCGUUCCUCUAGGCUAUCAAACACCCGGUUUCCCGUCCCUGUAUUGGCCGUUGCCAGUCAGCGCUACAUCGCCGUAUUAUUUGUACCAUCCAAGCGACAUCUGGCGCUUUACCACGCUAUGGACUGUUCUAUUCUUUGGCGGAGUCCACCUGGUUGUCUCGGCCUGGGCCUGCAUGGUCCAAUGGCGGAAUUGGAAGCUUAUUUGGAUAACGCCUAUAUUCUAUGUUGUAGUAGGAGGAAUUGAGGGCAUAAUUGCUGGUAGCAUUGUAGGCGGACUACUAGGCGCCGUCUACCAAGCCGGAUACUUCAAAAUGUCAACCUGGAUUCCGUUUAUCUGGGCCCUGGUCAAUGCCGUGGUUUUAAUUCUGUCUUCUUUCGCAAUCCACGGAGGACUAUAGGAUUGUCCUGGAGAUUAGAGCAUGAUCUCGACGACCUUCGUGGCCGUUGGAAGGGGUUUGUUUGUAAAGCGGAAGCAAACUAAGAUGGGCAACCCAAUAAGACCCAUUCGAGAAAGCAGAGCCGGUAUAGAGACCUGAGUGCUUAGAAAUGGAGAAGACUACACCGCAGAUUUCAGAGUACUCUUCUAGUAUCCUUGAAACCACCUGCAUGUAGUUCACUUUGAACUCAGCACG